AUGUCCUUGUUAGUGUGGCAUUGAGUGACCGACCACCGCCUGGCCAGACGCCUCUCACGCGGCUAGCGAUAUAGGACUUUUACGUAUGUGAGUGUUUUAUGGUGAAUCGCGAUUCUCGGAAGUUAUCGGAAAGGUUAGGACAAAACAUCGUUGUCAAAUUAUACAAAUAUCUUGCCGUUUAUAAUAAACAAGUUACAGAGAAGACAGUCAGAAUUUUGGUUACUUAGUCAUCCCGAAAAAAUGGCUGAAUUAAUUUCCAUACCACUUAAAAAGCCGUCUGACGUAGAUGUAAUAAAGCCGUUAACAAAUGUCAUCAAGUCUACAUAUAAUGUUGAAAAUAAUCAAAAGGAUUAUUCGGAGCCUAUCAGUGAAUUCAGUAAAUUACGAAAUAACGCGUUGUGGAGAGCCUUCGAAAAAUACGAGAGCUCAUUAGAGUUUAUUUACAGCUAUUAUGAUCAACUUUGUGUACUGGAGGGAAAAAUACCUUCUCACGAACUUCAAAUACCUUUCAAGUGGAAAGAUGCAUUUGAUCGAACUAUUUUUGGAGGAAAGCUUAGUCUAACAAUCAGCACGUUAUCGUAUGAAAAGAUCUGUGUCCUUUUCAAUAUUGCCUCUUUGCAAAGUGCCGUUGCAGCUUCACAGUCCCUAGACAAUGACGAGGGUCUAAAAUUGGCCGCAAAACUAUUCCAGCAAUCAGCCGGAAUAUUUAACUAUCUUAAAGGAAAUGUCAUGCUAGCUAUUCAACAAGAGCCAACCCCUGAUAUGAGUCCCGAAACUCUUGGUGCACUAUCUUCUUUAAUGCUUGCCCAAGCCCAAGAAAUUUUUGUGCAUAAAGCAAUUCAUGAUACCAUGAAAGACGGAAUAAUUGCUAGAUUGGCAGCACAAGCUGAAGAAUUGUACGCUGAAGCCUUAAGAUUAUUUCAAAAGGAAGUUUUUCGAGCAUUUUGGGAUAAGGAAUGGGUUCCUUUGAUCGCCGGCAAGCAGGCAGGUUAUCGUGCAAUGGCUGAAUUUUAUCAGUCUCUCGUAUGUAAGAGCAAAAAGCAAGUAGGAGAGGAAAUAUCUAGACUAGAGUAUGCUAUGGAACUGUUCAAAGCAGCACAAAAUCGGUCUAAUAAACCGAAUCUGUUCCAAGAUUAUGCUAACAAGGCACAAAGAAAUUUAAAUGAUGUGAAAAAAGAUAAUGAUUUUAUUUAUCAUGAACGAGUUCCAGAUGCUAAAUCCUUAGAAACCAUUGGAAAAGCGGCAGUCGCAAAAUUACUUGCCAUGCCUGAAACUUUUAGUGUAGGAUUCAAAGAUUUGUUUGAAGAGUUAUUGCCAGUGAGUGUUCAUCAUUCCUUAUCUUCUUAUGAUAUGCAGCGAAACGAAGUUGUAAAUGGCGAAAUUUCCAAAUUGCGUGAAAUGACGCAGAUUCUGAACAGUGUUUUGGCAAGCUUGAAUUUGCCAGCUGCAAUUGAAGAUACUAGUGGAACUGACUUACCUCAAUCCUUGUUGGACAAGGCGGCAUAUGUAAGAAACGAAGGUGGCAUUAACGCUUUGGAAACUGCUAUGAAUGAAUUGCCUGAACUCCUUCAACGAAAUAAAGAUAUCUUAGAUGAGACUGAGAGGAUGCUAAAAGAGGAACGCGAAUCAGAUGAAAAUUUAAGAGCACAAUUUAACGAGCGUUGGACCAGAAUCCCUAGUGUCAGGCUAACUGAACAAUUCAUAGUGAAUGCAAAAAAGUACCGAGGAAUCAUUAACAACGCUGUUUCCGCAGACAAAGUCAUUCGAGAAAAGUUUGUAAGUCAUCGCCAAGGAAUGGAGAUACUUAGUAUGGAGGAGUAUGAUUUGACGAGACACAUCCCUGCUGGUUCUGCUGUACAAGAAAGUAGCGUUGUUAGGCAACUUCGAAAAUUGAUGGAAGACGUUAUAACUUUAAAAGCGGAGCGAGAUGUCAUUGAAAAUGAAUUAAAGUCCGCUACUACAGAUAUGAAAUCAGUAUUUUUAGCAGCAUUGGCCAAAAAUGGAGUCAUUGAUGAGCCUAAUUUGUCUGUAGAACAUAUUGGCAAAUGUUACGGUCCACUGCAGAAACAAGUUCGAGAAAGCGCCGCUAGGCAAGAAGAAUUUAUCAGUAAGAUUCAGACUCAGCAUUCUGAAUUCGCCAGGGAACAAUCGGGUAGUGGAACUGCUCGUGAGGAAAUGCUUUGUAAACUAGCAGCAGCUUAUGAUGCAUUCAAAGAACUGAAAAAUAAUUUGAGUGAAGGCGCGAAGUUUUAUAAUGAUUUAACACAGCUUUUGGUCGUUUUUCAAAACAAGAUAUCUGACUUUUGUUUCGCUCGUAGAACAGAGAAGGAAGAACUUUUUAAAGAUUUAACAACUAACUUGGGGCAAACAGGACCUGCUGUAACACCAAAUCUUCCAUCUCAUCACGGAGGAAAACCCCAACCACAAUCAAGCACGGAUUCUGGAUCAAAAUUGCCGUAUCCUUUGCAGUUUCAAGGUUCAAUGCCUAUUCCCCACAGCACCAACACUACUCCGUAUCCGGCAUAUAUUCCACCUCCAAUGCCCACGACUUACAAUCCAUAUGCGACAAUGCCAUAUCCAGUUCAAGAUGAUGAAAAAUUAUGCACGUAUCAAGGUAAGAAAAUAUCAAACGAUCAGAAAGUAAAGUCACAUUAAUCUGCUACUUGUGAAAUGCCAUGGGUCAUUGCCAUGGGCUGUUCUGGUUUAUAUUAUCAGUCACGUGCGCAUUUUUGUAAAUGCAAUCAAGUGAUCUAAUAAGAGCAGUGUGCCUAAUUUGACAUACUGGGCAAAGUCUCGGUUUUACCCCAUUAUCUACAGACUGGGUUGCAUUCAAGUGCAUAUUAUUAUUAUUAUUAAUAUUAUUAUAUUAUUAUUAUGUAUAAAAUGUAUGUAUUAUGUAAGCAUUAUAAGCCGACUAAUUCAGUUUUGUGUGUUUACCUAUUUUAUGCCGCCAUUUUUUUAUUUUAUCAUAGACAAGAUAGAGAAAAUCAGUUUAUUUAUGUAAGGUUUUUGAUAUUACUAUAGCCAUGAUCUUCAC